UACAGCCACUGUAAUUUGAUCUCCGAGAAGAAGAACAUGAUGGACAUGGAGAUGACAAAUAGCUCAGUACCUGUCUGUAGACAGAGUCUACUCAUCCACACAGGAAAUCCACUUACCCGAGACCACCCAUUAUCUCGUGAGAGAUUGCUACAUGUCGGUCACCUGAAUUUAACACACUCAGAUACCAGGUCUCCCAGGUUUCAAGACUCGGUCGAUUCUUCCACUUUGUGCAUGAAUGGAAGUCACCCAGCUCAGCACAUUAAGCAAGAGUGCCCAGGUGAUUAUAAGGUUCUUUCGGAGAUUUCUACACAUAGAAGGACUACAGAGGGAAUGGAGCUGCGAGCCUCUGGUAGUCUGCAUCCUGAAAUAGACCUAAUGAAUAAUAGCUUUACAAAUUCACUUUCAUCAUACUUGUUUAAUAAUGAACAUAGCUCCUCCCUGGGUUCAUUGUCCUUUGGCAGUCCUCAACAUUCAGCCAAGCUACAAUCAAGCAACCUGAAGAAAAGAUGCAUCUCUGUUAUGCCAUCUUCAGCUGAAGGAAUUGAUAUUACAGCUAUUAUCCGCACGUCGCAGACAUCACUGGUCACCUGCGUGAAUGGUUUGCGGACUAAUUCGACUGGCAUUUCCUCUCAUCCUGUGGAGAUCAGUCACCACAGUGCUCAGAAAUUGUCUCGUCUCCAGUCUUGCUCUCAGCCUGGGCACUCUUGCAGUCUUCCCUCUCCUUCAGCAUGCCUUGUACCUAUUUCCACUGAAUGUGACAGAGGUGACUGUGAUCCGCUACAAAUGCAGCAAAUAGAGGAAAAUGCAAGUCUUAACCUUAUGAUGAAUGGUACUAGUAUUCCUCAGCAAGACACCUCGCACAGCAGCCAGAAGGUGAGUUUCUUAAAACAAGAACCGGUCGAUGAUUAUUCCUCUAACACAGAUCUCUUUCGGCAUCGUCAGGGGCUGCCGCCGCCGCCUUAUCAUUUACACCAGCAGCUAAGCCAGACUCAAGGGACUUUGCCUCAUUUACACGUCUCCAUGUCUCCAAAGUCCCUUCAGCCCAGUGAAGGAGAUGAACAAGAGAUCUGCAAUGGCAAACAAGUCUGUCGGUGGAUUGACUGCAAUGCCACUUAUGACCAACAAGAUGAACUGGUCAGACACCUAGAAAAAACACACAUUGACCAGAGGAAGGGAGAGGACUUUACUUGCUUCUGGGCAGGCUGUGUCCGUCGUUAUAAGCCUUUCAAUGCUCGUUACAAACUGCUGAUUCAUAUGAGGGUUCAUUCUGGAGAAAAACCAAACAAGUGUAUGUUUGAAGGGUGCAACAAGGCAUUCUCUAGGCUUGAAAACCUUAAGAUUCACCUGAGGAGUCAUACCGGAGAGAAACCUUACCUAUGUCAGCACCCUGGCUGCCAGAAAGCUUUCAGUAACUCCAGUGAUCGGGCAAAGCACCAGCGCACACACCUGGAUACUAAACCAUAUGCCUGUCAAAUUCCCGGGUGCUCCAAACGCUACACAGAUCCAAGUUCCCUGCGCAAACAUGUGAAAGCUCAUUCUGCCAAAGAACAACAGCUACAUUCAUGUACUGAUAUUGAACAAGAUGUACUAAGUGAAUGCUUAGCUAUACAGCAACUCCACACAUCGUCACAACACAUUUUGGAUGGGAAGUGUGGUAGAUCUGUAGGUCACCAUGACCUAAUAGCAGGCAUGUACACUGGUUCCAGUGCUAACCAUAAUGGACCAUCACCAGGUCUCCUGCCACCUACUCACGACAUCCCCUCAAGACACCAUCCACUGGAAUCAACCCUUGCCAGUCCACACCAUCAUCUGUUACCUUUGGAGAGUACGAGGGAAGGGCUUGCUCCAAAUAUUCUUUCACCUCUUGUCAGUCCUCUGAAAACACUAGUUCCACCUUCCCUAUUGCAGAAACAUGGUUCAUCAUCACCACAGAGUCAGUCUCCAAAUGGGGAACAGUUUUCAGGAAUACCAAAUAAACCUUAUGCUCAGUUUCAAAACCAAUCUGUACAACAGGGACUGCAAGGUUACCAAGGCAGCUUUCACUCAAUACAAAACUGUUUCCACUACGGAGACUGCUACAGAACAGUGGAACAGUCUGUCAACAGUGAUGCGCUAACAGGGGAAUCCCAUUGCUUUAAUCCUUUGAGACAGAAUGGGUGUCACAUACUCAAUGCACCUUUAGCUUCAACAGGCUACGAUGUAAUUGCUGAAGCACAAUGUGGGUCUGAAGAAGCAGUCACCAAUGGAACUGAAGAAAAUGGAUUUUUCCCAAAUGGUGCUUUUGAUCAUUGUUUGAAUCACAUUCCUUCCAUCUAUACAGAUACCUAAGAACAGCUUUAUCCUUUGUUUCCUUUAUCAUUACUAUUACCGUAUACGUAGUAACAAAAUGCUGUUCCAGUACUUUUAUUUAGUCUGUAUCUCUAUGUGCUCAUUUAAACAAACACCUCACAUUUACCAAUCCAUUUUAUAAAUGAAUAUACUGUGUAAGAAAAAUUAUUGGAACCUGUUCCUUUGCUGUGGCACUUUGAAUUUCAUGCUUUAAGGGAACGAGGAGCAUUUGAAACAGCUUGUUUUAUCAUUUCUUAGUAAGAAUGUAAAUGUAAGUUAUAUAAUAACUUGUAAAGAUUUUUUUUCCUGAAAUGUAUGUUUUCAGUUUGAGACUGUUGUUCCCUUUAAUCAUUUUAGUUUCAAUCAUUGGACAUUUUCUUGACUAAACGGACUUUUUUAAUCACAGACCUCAUGUAUAUAAAGCCUUCAUUUGCUCAGCUGGUUUUAUAUUUUCAGUUUUACAAGAAAACAUU